CACGCGUCAAGAUGCAGGGUUCCCUGGAGCCAUUCGAUUAAUUAACAUCAUGCACCAGCCAUGUGGCCUCGCUUCAGCUACCACAGUAUACUUGCUAACAAAACGCCGGUGUAUCAGCUAGGCCCUUGGCGAAAUAUUCGGAAAAAGCAAGCUGGUAAGCGAGGAUAAUAAUGUCGAUAGAGUAGCUCAGUAGGUAGGUAGUUUUGGGUCAUCUUUCGCAGGUCGUUCAUAUCACAUGAUAUGUCGCCUCUCUCAUCCUGGCGCGUCACCUCCACCUCGUGCACAAGCCAUCUCGGCGCUCUCGGCAAAUUCACGCCAAGAAAAGGUUUCCUCGUCAAACGCACCGUUUCCGACCGUUGUUCUGCCCCAUCCGUCCACCUGAUUGAUUGAUUGAUCGCGUUUCGCAGAAAGCUGGAACAAGAGAGGGAGAGAGAGAGGAGAAUAAAAGAGGAAUGAAAAACAGAGCAAGACGAUGGCUUCCCCAGCGGUGACUAGCCUACGGUCAUGCCUGACCUGCAAAGAACGCAAGGUGAGGUGCGACCGUCGGCAGCCCUGUAGUAACUGCGUGCGAUUCGAUCAGCGGUGCAGCUUCCCCCAAUCGCAAAUACGCCGUAGACGGGCUCGGGCGAAGAAGAAUAACGCCGCAGGGCAUGUCUCGACUGUCGUGGAGGCCGACCAGUUGCCGUCGGGUCCCUCGCCCCGAUCGGGCAGUGGACUGGUGAACGACCACGCCGCCAAUGUCACCAUUUCAGGGACCGACAAACCCUUACCGUCCAGUGUCAAGGGUCGCUUGGUGGUCGGGAAGGGCGGCCACAGCCGCUUGCUCGCCGAGAAUGCGUGGGCAAAUGUGAAGGCUGAGGAGGAUAAUUUCUCGCGUGCGCUUCUGAAAGAUGCGAACGAGGAUACACCUUGGUCUUCAACCCCGGCACAACACCGCCUAAAUGCCCCGUACAGACACCCCUUGGCCUCCCAGUCUUGGAUACCGAGUCCUGCUGAGCUGGAACUGUGUUGGUACAUCUACGUCGACAACGUCGACCCUAUCGUGCGCAUCUUGCACAAACCCACGGUGCACAAGCUGCUACUCGAGGCUCAGCAGCAGCAAUUCGAGCUCCUGGACGCCACUCCACAGGCUCUCCUGCUCGCCGUGUGCUUCGCCGCCAUUCAAAGCCUUGACUCUCGGCGAUGCGAGAUCCUGUUCGGGGGUGAUCCGCGCCGGACAAGGCGACUCUGCCAGCGAUCUGUCGAACUUGCCCUUUCCAAGGCGCGGCUGACCCAGACGCACAAUAUACAGGUGGUCCAGGCAUUCACACUCUUUCUCGCCUGUAUCCGCCGCGACGGGUCCAGCUCAGUCUGGGCCCUCGUCGGACUCGCCCUGCGGAUCGCCAUGUCGCUUGGCCUCCACUGUGAUGGCACGCAGCACGGCCUGACGCCCUUCGAGACCGAGAUGCGCCGCCGGCUCUGGUGGGAGCUCCGGCUGCUCGACGCCCGCGCCUCCGAGGACUGCGGCGCCGCCCCGAGCGCUUUCGCCAACGCUGACACGCGCCUGCCGAUGAACAUCGACGACGGCGACCUAGACCCCUCGGCAGAGCUGCCACCACCGGAACGGGAAGGCCCGACCGAGAUGCUGUACAGCCUCCUGCGGUUCGAGCUGUGCUCCAUAGCCCCCUCGCUGUCGAAGCUGUGCGCGGACGGAUCCUCGGCGCCGUCAUCCUCGUCAUCGACGAUGGCGGGCAACCGAGAAUCCGCCCACCAGCAGCAGCUCCGGGCCAAGGAGAAAGCCGUCGACGAGUUCAGCGCGCACAUGCGCCGCAAAUACCCCACCUUCUUCGACGACAACAUAUCCCCGCCGUCGGCCUUUGCCCGCUUCGCCGCCGAGACGAGCCGGCUCGUCCUGACCAAGGUCCGGCUGCAGCUGCACUUCCGGUCCAUCCAGCGCGCCGAGGACGCGCCGUCGUCCACCACCACGGGCGGCGGGGCCAAAGCCCCCGACGACGACGACGACGACGACCUCCUCCUCCUAGACGAGCUCUUCCGGUCGUCGGUGGCGCUGCUGGAGACGUGCAACCGCCUCGGCGCGGACGAGGGCCUGGCCCGCUGGAAGUGGCUCCUGCACCGCUACACGCAGUGGCACGCCGUCUCGUUCGUGCUGUCGCAGCUCGGCCUCCGCAUCGACGCCCUCGCGGUCGGCCUGCCCGUCUCGCCCGCCGCCCUGCCGGAGGUGCUCCGGCGGGCGUGGGACGCCAUCGAGAUCGCGUUCGGGGACCAGGAGGUGGGGUGCGACGGCGGCGGGUGUGGUGGCGGCCCUUGGGGACUGCUCGAGUGCCUGAGGCAGCGUGUACGGGGCAAGUUGGACUUGCCGGAUGCGGGUGGGGGGCCCGAUUCUGUGCCCCAAGGGGGGUUGUCGUCCUUGUCGUCAUCGUGGUCGAUAGAGGCUGCGUUGGACCAGCCUGGUCCGGUGGCUUUCGAUACGGAGCUUUCCUUUGGCCCGGAAGACGAUCUGUCAUUCCUGUGGGGGACUUCCUUGGAUUUCAUGACCUAAUGAAUGCUGGAGUCAUCGUCUGGGGACCAUCCUCGGGCGUGAAUAUGAUGGAUGUUCACAGUAUGGUGGUCGGUUAUUGAGACAACAGUGAACUCGAGAUAUCAAUUGGCCAGUUUCUCCACUAACUACUUCGCAUUCAUCAGGCAAUUGGCAAUUGGCACUUCUUAAUUGAAUGAAUUACCCUUCGACGCUUGAUGCUCCUCAUUGAUUCCCGUCUUGGUCGUUUCGGCGG